AUGGAACGAGAGCGUCCCAUCGCCCCCAUGCCCAUGGGUCCCCCACCUCCCAGGCACCGCGACUCGGCAGCGGCCAGUCUGAUGUCGCCACCGGAUCCAACUCAUGACAGCUUCACCCAGACCAGCCAUGGAGCCAACUUGAACGGCAAGGGCAAGGGUAAGGUAUCGCCCAACGGUGCUCCCUUGCUCAUGUCUCCCCCCAUCUCGCCUUCCACCAAGCCUAUUCCGCCUACUGCAAACGCCCCCGACGUACCUUUCAACCAGACUAUCAAGGACCCCGUGCUCUAUCCUACCGACGAGUCUUCGCCUCCCAGUUCUUCUCAAGAGCCUCUGUUUCCUACUGUAGAGAUUGCUCAGGACGUUGAUCAGCAGUUGCGCUACAGACCUGCUGACGCAUCCAACGGGGCGGCUGCACCAGAACGCGAGGGUUACGAAACGGCUGCCAUGACUUUCACACCAAAAAUCAUGGACCUAUUCUUGAAAGACCCCAUGGGCUGGAAGAAGAGGGAGCUCGCAUGGCUCAAAGAGGAUAGGAAAUCCAGAGCCCAUGGAGAGAAGAAAGCCCCCACCUCGGUCCAGCAAGCCACCAAGACCGCCUCGGUGCCCAGACCUGCCAGGGUUCAAACUGGUCGCAUCUCCAAGCCCCAUCCCACUCCGCGUCGUGCUCGCAAUAGUAUCAGUUCUGGAUCGUCGGGGGGUGCCUUUGCGAAAUCGACCAAGCGGACCAGUUCCACUCCAGAGCCCUCACGUCGCACCGCUGCUCCUAACCGCGACGAUAAGGACUUUGAGUUGCUAGCCGACUACUCCCCUGCUCUUGAUACUCUGGAAGACUACGGCCAUGCUUUCAAAGUCGACUGGAAGGGGACGCCGCUUGACCUGAGCAACGAUCCCCAUCGUCAUCUCUUGCACCGCUACGAGGUUACCUUCGCCAGCAACCUCCGCCUCGACUGCGCUACGUACCUGACCAGCAAACGUCGUGUUUUUAUACGCCGUUUGGAGUGCUAUAGAAUUUCCAAGGAAUUUCGAAAGACGGACGCUCAACAGGCCUGCAAGAUUGAUGUCAACAAGGCCUCCAGGAUCUGGGCAGCGUAUCAGAAGGCUAAAUGGCUGGAGCCGAAAUGGGUUGAACGCUUCGUCCAACGUGACCACUAG